AUUUAUUUUAUGGUGUCCCACACCUUUCACGGGGACAUAUGUCAUAUGUUUACACUAAAUAAAAUUAUAUUUAUAAUUCGAAUGCAAAUUUAAUUAAUAUAACUACGGACAAAUCUAUUAAUUUUGAUUUACCAUAACUAGGCGCUGAUCACUGAUUACAUGGAUUUUUCACGAUGAGGUCAUAUGAGUUUGUCUUAACUAAAGUGUAGUGUGGAGACUAUUAAUUUGAGUGCUCAAAAUCUUAAGUUGCUUAAAAUGACUUAUCAGGUUUCAGCGUUUCAGCUCAUCUCCUGUGGGGCGUCCAGUUUUUUAUUGUUUAUGUGGCUGCGAAUUUUCGUAAUACGCAGCGGCUUUCGUUAUUCAUUCGUAGUGAUUCCAGGUUAGCCACUACUCUUUGAAAGGUCUCGAAUUCCUAAUUGGAAUAUCACGGAAGUAUUACCUGUAUACCUAGGCAGCCAAAAUCUCAGGUUUGCUUUGUUAAUGUUCAUGUGUGGAUAACACUGCAUGUAUUACUCUAUCCAAGUUACUGUAAUCUCAGUGGUUUGAGCUUGUAUCACUGGAUUUUUUAAUCAAUGAAACCCAGCUUACCGCAUUGCUCUUUAAGCAUUGUUCUUAAUACAGAUAUUUCUGUUGAUGUCACUUUCAUUUGAGACUUUGUACAUGUCGUAAAAAGAGGUCACAUUUUGUACCAUAGUUUGUUUUAGUUAAUAUUUAUUAAAGAGAUUCCAUUUUGAGUUGUUGAAGCAGAUGAUCGAAAAUAUUGUAGAUUACUUACAUUAAGAUCCACGAAGCAGCGUCAUUUUGUCGAAUGCCACAGUAGUUUGUAAAGAACCUAGAAACAUAUUCUAGUAUCGGUCUACGAAAUUCUGGUUAUCUAUGUGAGCCAUGUCAUUGUGUUCUAACAUUUCGGUUGGUCAAGUUAGAAUACUGCCAUGUCUCAGUUUGUCUGCUGGGAUAGUAUUCUCUCUUAAGAACCUUAUAAUGCGUAUCACAUGUUUAUUUGCAAAGUAUACUAUACAAUCGGUCAUAGCCAACGUAGAAUCUGGUAUAUAUCUGGCAGAACAUUGAAAUUAACCAAUAUAUUAUUUUCUCCGUUUGCAACCUCGUAGUAAAUUCCACGGUCACUGAAAUUUUAGUUCCCUCUUUUCUAUACUCUAAAUUUUAAAUUUGCUGAACGGACUAUAUUUCUCAUCAUCUGUAAAUAAUCGACACUUUCAUGACUGAAAAUUUUAAUUCUUGUAAAUAAUCUCUCAUUGUACUUUUAUAGUAAAAAAUCUUGUUCAAAUUUUUACCAGGUUAUUUAGAAAUGUCAGAAGUAAACGAAAGUGAAUGUGAAGAAUUCUUGAACAUUAUUAAGUUGUCUUUGGAGGAAGAUAAAAGUCAUGUUCAUGUUGUUGUGAUCAUCGGAGCCUCUGGUGACUUGGCAAAGAAAAAAACUUAUCCGACUUUAUGGUGGUUGUUCCGUGAUGGUCUUCUGCCCCCUCGAACUUACUUCGUUGGGUUUGCACGGUCUGAUAUUGGUACCCAGGACAUAAGAGCAGAAAGUGAAAAAUUUGCCAAGCUCUCAUCAUCUCCAUGUCAAAAAUAUGAAGAAUUUUGGGACUGUAAUUUUUACUUGAGAGGAGAUUAUACGAAUCCAAAAACAUUUGAAUUACUAAAUAAGUUUAUAGAGUCCAAGUGGGAACAAUCUGUUAAUCGCAUAUUUUAUUAUGCUAUACCACCAUCAGUUUAUAAACCUGUUUCAUCAUCUAUCAAAGAAUAUUGUACUAACAAAAACCCUGAUACGUGGACUCGAUUGAUCAUUGAAAAACCGUUUGGACGAGAUUUAGAGUCAUUUAAUGAAUUGAAUUCUGAAUUAACUAAACUGUUUACAGAAGAACAGAUUUAUCGAAUCGACCAUUAUUUGGGCAAAGAGAUGGUUCAAAAUCUACUAAUUUUACGAUUCUGUAAUCAGGUCUUCAGUCCACUGUGGAAUCGUGAAAAUAUUGAUAAUAUUACAAUAUCAUUUAAAGAACCAUUCGGAACCGAAGGACGUGGUGGGUAUUUUGAUCAAUUCGGAAUUAUUCGUGAUGUUGUUCAGAAUCAUCUUAUUCAAAUUCUUUCGUUGGUAGCAAUGGAAAAACCUAUUUCAGUUAAUGCAGAUGAUAUACGUGAUGAGAAGGUUCGUGUGCUUCGAAGCAUUGAACCUCUAACAAUAGACGACAUUGUAAUUGGACAGUACGUUGCAGAUCCGAAUGCAACAAAUCCACCUGCUUCGUUGUCUUACACGGAUGAUCCAUCAGUUCCUAAAGAUUCCAUAACACCUACUUAUGUAUGUGCUGUGUUAUAUGUGAGAAAUGAUCGUUGGAAGGGUGUUCCAUUCAUUCUCCGGGCAGGGAAAGCACUAAAUGAACGUAAAGCAGAAGUCAGAGUUCAGUUUAAAGAACCUCAUAUUCAUCUUUUCGGUUCAAAAGAAGGUCUACCACGUAAUGAAUUAGUUAUACGUGUACAACCGGACGAAGCAGUUUAUAUUAAAUUGAAUGUGAAAUCUCCUGGUAUGAAAUUUCAAACAGAAGAAACUGAAUUAGACUUAACUUAUGCUCAGCGAUAUAAAGCCAUCAAACUACCCGACGCUUACGAACGAUUGAUUCUCGAUGUAUUCUGUGGAGUUCAGACAAAUUUUGUACGUUCUGAUGAACUACGCGAAGCUUGGCGUAUUUUAACACCGGUAUUAAAAUACUUGGAAGAAAAUAAAAUCAGUCCAUAUCCAUACAUUUAUGGGAGUCGUAAUGGCCCGAAAGAAGCAGAUAUUUUGUGUAAAAAAGCAGGUUUUCAAUACUCUGGUACAUAUGUUUGGAAAUCAGGUUAAAAAAUAUUCAUUCCGUCAAUUUGCGAUAACUCAAUCAAUUAUAUAAAAGAUCCACAUGUUUUAACUUAUUUGAAUGCCUUAGUAAUUAUGAACAGAACAUUCGACUAAUUUGUUUCUUUACAGCCAAUUUGCUUUAAGAUUUUAUUGUAAUAGCACUUUUGUAAUAAUAUUGUCACAACAAACCAUAUACAAAUAUAUAAAUCUGAUUAAUACAUAUAACUCGAAUACAAUAGUAGUUGGUGUUGUUCGGUUAGUUUUAUAAUGCUUAUUGUUUUGGCCCAAUAAACAGCACUUUCAGUCAUUAUUGUA